AUGACAGAAUUGGCCUUCGCCAGACUGAGGACUAUUGUGCGCCUCGGCGAGGCGCUUGCGGUGGGUUCGGACUUUUUGCGGGGUAUGGACCAUACCCCCCCACCCUUUGGGCCGCGAGGCUACCAUACCACACCCCGGAAAAAGUUGGAACCCAGGGACGGGCCCGCCUCGUGGGCUGACGGCCUGUUUAGCCGCGCUAUGUUUGAGGGUGCGGCUGAGUUUGCCGCGCUCGACGCGCUCCGACCGUCGCUGACGUAUCCACAAGCUGCUAAAGACAUCGCGGACGCCGAGCGGCUGUGCACUGAUCAUCCAAGUUGGGUGAUGUCCACGCUUGAGCAGAUGCGACGGCGGCAGCGGACGCACGAGGGCGACCGGAGUGAGCUUGUUUGUGUCUGUGUGUCGCUCGUGCGUGUCGUCAUCAUCUGUCUUGCGUCCACCCAUACCGCGUUGUCGGCGCUGGACCUCCUCAGCCUGGGCGCCUCGUUCUGGAGCAUCCACGAGACGCGGCAGACGCACCAGAACGCCGUCCAGGUCGAUCGGGACCUGCACGUCCGUGGGCUCGCGGCUGCGGCCGAGCACCACUACCAGCAGCUGAUCGCCGAGCUGCUCGCGGCAGCCAAGGAGGCGGACCGCGACGUGUGGGAGCAGCGGAACGGGCAGUUCAACAACCUGAUGCUCGCCUCGAUCCUCAUGUUUGGCGUCGGCAUGUCGGCGAUCAUUGAGGGCAACUUUGACCUGAACGACAGUGGCAUGGCCGUGAUCGUCUUCUCCUUCUUCGAGGCGGUGGCGCUGUCGACGCUCUUCCUCUCGCUCGUCUCGUGCCUCCUCGUCUCGCGCCGCAUGUCCAUCUACAUGAUCUCGCGCACCGGCAAGCUCGUCGAGCGGCUGUCCUUCAUCAUCAAGUCUGCAGACAUGCUCGCCGCCGACGCGUCCAACAUCUCGUCGCUGCCCUCGCCGCGCAAGCGCGGGCUAGAGGGCGACGAGGAGGAGGCCACCUCUGUCGGUCGCCGCGCGCGGGCGCAGCGCCGCUGGAAGGAGCUGCUGCGGGCGAUCGACGAGCGGCGCGUGCCGGGCUACAGCACCGAGUUGCCAGAGGCGUACAACCGCGGCCAGCGGCUCAACUCGAUGCGGAUGUGUGAGGGGCGUGUGUGCUUCGUUUUCUAG